CUUCCAUUCCCCCUCCUGGCAGCCCUGUCCUCCUCUACCUCCCCGAGAUGUUGAAAGUCACUCUGCCUUCCUCGUCCUCAUCGUCUUCCUCCUCUUCUACUGCAUCCUCCUCUACUUCCUCCUCUUCCUCUAGGUCUGGCAACGCUGCACCAGAUUACUGGAUCGAUGGCUCCAACAAGGACACCUUGGCCCAUUACUACGAGCUGGAGUCCGAGCUGGGACGGGGUGCCACAUCAGUUGUAUACAGAUGCCGGCAAAAAGGAUCCCAGAAACCUUACGCAGUCAAAAUGUUAAAGAAAACUGUAGACAAGAAAAUUGUACGAACAGAAAUUGGGGUCCUACUACGUCUUUCACAUCCAAAUAUUAUAAAAUUAAAGGAGAUUUUUGAAACACCUACAGAAAUUAGCCUUGUUCUUGAAUUAGUGACUGGAGGAGAAUUAUUUGACAGGAUUGUAGAAAAGGGGUAUUACAGUGAGAGGGAUGCUGCUGACGCUGUUAAACAAAUCCUAGAAGCUGUUGCUUAUUUGCAUGAAAAUGGGAUUGUACAUCGAGAUCUCAAGCCAGAGAAUCUUUUGUAUGCUACUCCCGCUCCGGAUGCUCCCCUCAAAAUAGCUGAUUUUGGUCUUUCAAAAAUUGUGGAUGAUCAAGUUACAAUGAAGACAGUAUGCGGAACUCCGGGGUAUUGUGCUCCUGAAAUACUUAGGGGAUGUGCCUAUGGACCAGAAGUGGACAUGUGGUCUGUUGGUAUAAUCACUUAUAUACUACUUUGCGGUUUUGAACCAUUCUAUGAUGAGAGAGGGGACCAAUAUAUGUUUAAAAGAAUUCUCAACUGUGAUUAUGACUUUGUCUCCCCCUGGUGGGAUGAUGUAUCACUAAAUGCCAAGGAUUUGGUCAAAAAAUUAAUUGUAUUUGACCCUAAGAAGCGCCUAACUACUCAUCAAGCUUUACAACAUCCCUGGGUAACUGGCAAAGCUGCAAACUUCGCUCAUAUGGACACUGCUCAAAAGAAACUGCAAGAGUUCAAUGCUCGUCGCAAGCUCAAAGCAGCAGUUAAAGCUGUAGUAGCCUCAACACGUCUUGGAAGUGCUGGCAGUCAUAGUAGCCAUGACAGCAAUAAAGCAAGUCGGAAUCAAUCUCCAGUACAAGAGAGCAGUCAUGAAGAAAGACCAACACAGGAAUCUAACCAAUCAGAGGAAGGAGGGUCUUGAGUUGUAUCUUGGUGUUUGGCAUUUCAUGCACCAGCUACCAUCA